CGACCCUUAUAGUGAUCUCCAAGGGAAGGAAAUCUAAAAAGACAAAGAAACAACACUUGGAGCUUUUCUAGUAGUUCUAAUUACUUAUCCCCUAAUCUUUUCAUAAUUAGGCAACCUCUCUGUCUCUAACAACUGCUGCCAAAUCCCUUUUAAAUAUAUGUUAAUCACUCCAAAUUAACUUAUAUACUACUAGUUUUUACUUGCUCACUACAAUUAUUAGCUAGAGAGAGUGAGAGUGUACAUUUUAUAUAGCAUAGGAACUAGAACUCUGGUUUCUACACUUGGGGUUUUUCUUGAAAUGAUGAUUAUGAAGUUCCUUCCUUCUAAAGCAUUGAUCAUCAAAAUCAACUUAGUUUUCUUGGCUUGCUUCUUAGUUGCAUAUGGUGCGCUUCUUCUCCGGCCAUCAACUUCUGUUUACCACGAAUAUGCAGCAUCCCUUGUAUGUUCAUUGCGCGAAUGCCAUCAUAAGGGUGAAGGUGGGAUAAAGAUGAAAGCAGUGCUAGAAGAAAGGUUGGUAGUGAAUGAGGCAAAGGCAGAGAAGAAGAUGGUGAAGCGCGAAAAGCCAAGUUUCUUGAAUGAAAUGGGGAGAGGAAUGAAAAUAGGAAUGGUGAAUAUGGAAGGGGAAGAUAUUAGUGAAUGGAAAGUUCACGGACAGAUAAUAAAAGUAAAAUUCGAGAAAGUUUCAAAAUUGUUAGAAUGGAAAGAGUUAUUUCCAGAAUGGAUAGAUGAAGAGGAAGAAAUGGAUGGAACUGAAUGUCCAGAAAUACCCAUGCCAGAUUUUAAUAGCUAUAGUUAUAUGGACAUGAUAGUAGUGAAAUUGCCAUGCAAAUAUCCAGAAGAAGGGUGGGGAAGAGAUGUUUAUAGGCUACAAGUUAAUCUUGUGGCAGCAAAUUUGGCUGUGAAAAGAGGAAAAAAGGGUUGGAAUAAUGGGAAUAGGAUGAAAGUUGUGUUCUUGAGUAAGUGUAGGCCAAUGGUGGAGAUGUUUAGAUGUGAUGAGUUAAAGCAAAGGGAAGGGAAUUGGUGGUAUUAUGAGCCAGAUAUGGAUAAAUUGACGCAAAAAGUUUCAUUGCCAAUUGGUUCUUGUAAAUUGGCUUUGCCUCUCUGGGGAAAAGAAAUCAACGAGGUCUAUGAUAUUUCCAACAUUGAAAGCAGUACAAAAAUAUCAAGAAGAGAAGCCUACGCCACAGUUCUCCAUUCCUCAGAAACAUACGUUUGUGGUGCCAUUACCUUAGCUCAGAGUCUUCUCCGAACCGGAACCAAACGUGACCUUAUCCUUCUUCUGGACCGGAGUAUCUCCAAGCCCAAACGAGCCGCCCUCAUUAAAGCCGGCUGGAAACUCCGGUUUAUCAAGAGGAUUAGAAACCCUAAAGCUGAGAAAAACACGUACAAUGAAUACAAUUACAGCAAGUUCAGGUUAUGGCAACUCACUGACUAUGAA